UAAUUUUUUUAUUUAUUUUACCUUGUAUCUAUAAUAUGAGUAUAAAAAUACUCGUAGAUUAAAGAAAUUUACUUUCAACGACAAUGGAGGGAAUGAAAAAUCCUAUGCAACAGCUAAGAAUAGAAAAACUUUGCCUAAAUAUUUGUGUGGGAGAAUCGGGUGACCGUUUGACUCGUGCUGCAAAAGUUUUACAGGCUUUAACAGAUCAGCAGCCCUGCUUUUCGAAAGCCACCCAUACAAUCCGUUCUUUUUCAAUCCGAAGAAAUGAGAAAAUUGCCGUUCAUUGCACCGUUAGAGGUAAGAAAGCGGAAGAGAUUUUAAACGCUGGGUUAAAAGUUAAGGAGUACGAACUAUUAAAAAAAAACUUUUCCGACACUGGAAAUUUUGGGUUUGGCAUCCAGGAACAUAUUGAUCUCGGGAUAAAGUACGAUCCUGGCAUUGGGAUCUACGGAAUGGACUUUUAUGUCAUUAUGACACGUCCAGGCUUUAGGGUUGCUAAAAAGAAACGAUGCGCAGCGCGCAUCGGUAAAAAACAUCGGAUAACUAAAGAGGAUACCAUGAAGUGGUUUGUACAGCACAUGGACGGCACUAUACGUUAAGCGUAGAAGAGAUACCAUAUAGUAAUAAAGUUGUUAUUUGUGAUUUUAAA